AGGAGGGAGCUGGCCAGUGCUGAGGGGGCGCGGCGCGGAGGGGUGCAGAGCCCGGCCGCUCUGGGGCUCAGAGUGCGCGGCGGCCAGGAGCCCGCUGGCUCCUGACAGCCCCCUCCCCCCGGUGGACGACCACGACGACGACUACGAGGGCGCGGGUCAUGGCGGAGCAGCGAAGCCAGCGGGGGCCCUGAGCACCGCCGCAUGGAGCGGGACGAACGGCCACCUAGCGGAGGGGGAGGCGGCGGGGGCUCGGCGGGGUUCCUGGAGCCGCCCGCCGCGCUCCCUCCGCCGCCGCGCAACGGUUUCUGUCAGGAUGAAUUGGCAGAGCUUGAUCCAGGCACUAAUGGAGAGACUGACAGUUUAACACUGGGCCAAGGUCACACACCUGUUUCUGUUCCAGAUGAUCGAGCUGAACAACGAACCUGUCUCAUCUGUGGGGACCGUGCUACAGGCUUGCACUAUGGGAUCAUCUCCUGUGAGGGCUGCAAAGGUUUUUUCAAGAGGAGCAUUUGCAACAAACGUGUAUAUCGGUGCAGUCGUGAUAAGAACUGUGUCAUGUCCCGGAAGCAGAGGAACAGGUGCCAGUACUGCCGCCUACUCAAGUGUCUACAGAUGGGCAUGAACAGGAAGGCUAUCAGAGAAGAUGGCAUGCCUGGAGGCCGGAACAAGAGCAUUGGACCAGUCCAGAUAUCAGAAGAAGAGAUUGAACGAAUCAUGUCUGGACAGGAGUUUGAGGAAGAAGCCAAUCACUGGAGCAACCAUGGUGACAGUGACCACAGUUCCCCUGGGAACAGGGCUUCAGAGAGCAACCAGCCCUCACCAGGCUCCACACUGUCAUCCAGUAGGUCUGUGGAACUAAAUGGAUUCAUGACAUUCAGGGAUCAGUACAUGGGGAUGUCAGUGCCUCCACAUUAUCAGUACAUACCACACCUUUUUAGCUAUUCUGGCCACUCACCACUUCUGCCCACACAAGCUCGAAGCCUGGACCCUCAGUCCUACAGUCUGAUUCACCAGCUGAUGUCAGCUGAAGACCUGGAGCCAUUGGGCACACCCAUGUUGAUUGAAGAUGGAUACGCUGUGACACAAGCAGAGCUGUUUGCUCUGCUUUGCCGCCUGGCUGACGAGUUGCUCUUUAGGCAGAUUGCCUGGAUCAAGAAGCUGCCUUUCUUCUGCGAGCUCUCAAUCAAGGAUUACACGUGCCUCUUGAGCUCUACAUGGCAGGAGUUAAUCCUGCUCUCGUCCCUCACAGUUUACAGCAAGCAGAUCUUUGGGGAGCUGGCUGAUGUCACUGCCAAGUACUCACCCUCUGAUGAAGAACUACACAGAUUUAGUGAUGAAGGAAUGGAGGUGAUUGAACGACUCAUCUACCUGUAUCACAAGUUCCAUCAGCUCAAGGUCAGCAAUGAGGAGUACGCAUGCAUGAAAGCGAUUAACUUCCUGAAUCAAGAUAUCAGGGGUCUGACCAGUGCCUCACAGCUGGAACAACUGAACAAGCGGUAUUGGUACAUUUGUCAGGAUUUCACUGAAUAUAAAUACACACAUCAGCCAAACCGCUUUCCUGAUCUUAUGAUGUGUUUGCCAGAGAUCCGAUACAUUGCAGGAAAGAUGGUGAAUGUGCCCCUGGAGCAGCUGCCCCUCCUCUUUAAGGUGGUGCUGCACUCCUGCAAGACAAGUGCAGUGAAGGAGUGACCUGGGCCCUGCACCUCCUCUGGCCGCCCGCAGUGCCUUGGGUGGGCAGGACAGGCUCCAGAGGAAAGAGCCAGAGACCAAGAUGGAGACUGUGGAGCAGCUGCCUCCAUACAAGAAGAAUUUGUUUGUUUGUCUGUUUUUAACCUCAUUUUUCUAUAUAUUUAUUUCACGACAGAGUUGAAUGUAUGGCCUUCAACAUGAUGCACAUGCUUUUGUGUGAAUGCAGCAGAUGCAUUUCCUUGCAGUUUACAGAAUGUGAAGAUGUUUAAUGUUACCGUGUUGUCAUUGUUUAGAGAUAGGUUUUUUGUAUUUUGAGGGAGAGGGUGGGAUGGACUAGAUGAGUAUUUCCAUAAUGUUGACAAAAACAACUACCUCAAUGGAAACAGGGGUAUGACCAUCCCUACCUUUUCCACAUUUUCUCAGCAGAUGUACACUUGUCUGUUAGAGAGCAAACUGCCUUUUUAUAGCCACUGACUUACUAAGUAAAAAGAGUACGCCAAAGGAGCAAAGUGGUAUAGGGAGAUUUAUUAAAGAGGUGAGUGGGAUGUUUUUGAGGCAAUUUUGAUUCUAAUCCUCAACAUUUGAUGAGGAUUGACUACCAUCUCAUCCCACAAACCCAAAGGGCAGAAACUCUGCUCUUUCCUUCUGCUGCACCCCUCCUGCCUCAAACACUGUUGUCUGUUGAAUGCUGCUGUCAAGUUUUCAUCCAGGUAGAGUUCUGACAGUCUGUAGGACUUGCCUCCCAGCUUCCUUGGAGCUCACAGCUGCUUAGUUUCCUGACCCAGAUCUACCAAGGCCUACCUUCUUCAGAUUUCAUCCCUCCCUUUUAUGAAUUUGACUUCCUGUAAGUCCUGUAGAAAGGUGGCAGGAAAAUGCUAUCUUCUGAAUUCUGAUGCCAUUUCUGAUUUUUUCUUCUUUAACUUGUUUCCCUCAAAAGGUAGAGGGACAAAGGCCAGGCUGCUGAAAGAAUAAAGACUCCUUUGCAAGCCCCUCUUCUCACCCCACCUAUCCCCAGAACCAAAUCCAAAAGUGCCAUUUUUAAACAGUGAAAAGGAUCAGAGACUUUGCUCCUAAAUGUUGUCAUAAGUUCUAAUAUUUCCAAGAUGAGAUCAGUUUGCCAGGGCUGUAGAACAGAAAGAGAAGACCCACAGAAAUCCAGCUAUUCCUUCAAGUAUUAUCAAUGGUCUGGCCUACUAAGGCCUGGAGGGAUGGAGCCAGAAGGACCUCGAAGGGAAAGGUGCUUUAAACUACCUCAUGCUUCUAAGGGCUUGCCUGCUGCUUCUGCAGGUGCAGCCUGGACCCCCUGUGCUUUACUGCCUGCCCCAUCUAGUUCUAGGAAGAGUUCUUACCCUCCAGACUUUGGCCAGGCCUACACUAGGUUGUUUCAGUGGCUUGUUUCUUCUUUGCCCAUACCAGGCCCUCCUACAGCCAGUACCCCAUACAGAUGCUCCACUGGCUUGCAUCCCUUGGUGGGCUUGCCACACCCACAGUAUCUCCUUGAGCCUGUUUGGUCAGGAACUGUUUACUCUUCCCCAGUGAGGCAUCCUAUGCAUCCUAGGUAGUCUCCAUUUGUCAUUUUUUCUUUCUACUGAAAUGUUACGGGUACCAGCAAAGUGAUAAUUAUAUCCCUUGAUGUCCAAAGUUCAGAGCAUUAUUACUUCUCAGUCUUAUUCCCCAGGCAUUCUGAGAAAGAAAAAGAAAAAAAAGAAGAGAUGUGUUCCUUGAGAAAGUUCCAGAUAGAAUGUUUUUUACGUGUCAGUGGGAAGAUGCGUGUGUUGAUGUGUCUGUUUCUUAGUUCACAAUAUUUUUCUUAUUUGCCUGAAUCUUUGUAUUUAACCAACCAGAUCACAUUUUUUGGCUCCAGGUCAGAUUCUCAGCUGUUUUCCUCAAGCUAAGAAUCGGAGACACAAAUUAGAGUCAGCUCCUGUGUGUACACAACAGCUUUCUUUGCUUAGACCUCCAUUUGUCAAAUUGUUAGUUUUUGAAAUUGCUUUUCAAAUUAGGAUUUUAGCUGUUGUGUUGAAUGUCAAAGCUCUGAUGAGGCAAGAACAUGCCCCUCCAAUAAUGUAGUAUUAAACAGAGCAAGUUGUUAAUUUUAGAGUGAGGGAAAGGUUCUGCAAGUUGCCAUUGUACAAAUCCAUUUUUACAAAUGUUUGCAGCAGAUUCCACAGAACAAAGAGCCCAUUCAUUGCCAAGAGCCCUGCAGAAUCUCUGAGCCAAGUGGCUGUGUGUUCCGAGCUGGAGCCUGACCUGUGGACCGCCUUUAAUGUCUUCUGCACCCAGUCCUUUUAUGACAUGGGCUUCUUUUAAACAGGGUAAAGUAAAUGUGCUGCAUUGCAAACUCAGGUAUUAUGAGGAGAAGGUAGGAGUGUAGCUAGCAGCGUGGAGACAUUAGGUCAGCCACUAGAUGUAUUUGUGAUUUUUGGUUUGAAGGACACAGAGAAAGGUUGGAGGGGGAGGUUUGGUAUGCUUGUUUUUUGCCUUUUUUCCCAUAAUGUUUGGUUAACAGGCAGCCUUUUUGCUAGUGGAAGAAGGAAAAACUUGUGCAUGCUCUCCCAUUCCUCUCUCUUCUGUCCUCUCUGAUCCAGGCCACUGAAAGUAUUCACUUUGAGUGAGAAUUUUUCCACCAUAAAAAAAUAUAGCCCCGAAAGCCAUGUGGAGAAGGAGAAUCCACCUCCUUGCACUAUGCCAAAACAUACAGGCUUUCCCCAUUCCUUUUUUUG